GCUCCCCCACUCCUCACUCCCACGCGAGACACCAGGAAGCGCCCCACAAGCCAGUGUAGCAGGAUCGAGGGCUCCUUGAUCUGGUCUAGCUACGCCUCAAAGUGGGAGCCGUCGGCUGGCAAGUGGCGAGGCCGGCUUCGGCCUACAAAGACAUCCCAGAGACCACUGAGAAGCUUUGCGAUUACUACUAACAACCCCCAAAGCUUACUUCUUCCCCCGCAGUAUAUCUAGCUCUUCUCAGACCAUCCGCCUCGACGCCCGAACAGCGCCCCGAAAGUUCACAAUGGCUCCCUCUGCCGUUCCCGUCACUUCCACCCAGCUUGUUCUGUCAAAAGAAGUCACAAAAGCAACUGAUAAGGAGCCCACCAAGGUCCUCACACCCCUCCAAGCUAUAUCGCAGGGCGAAUGUCUACCGGGAAUUCCCCUCUUCUCCAGUUUUGACAAACAUCGAGCAUGGAUCCUCAAUCACAUGGCGGGCGCCUUCCGCGUGCUCGCCCGCAAAGGCUACACCGAGGGCAUAAGCGGCCAUAUUUCUGUUCGCGAUCCUGAGCACACUGACACCUUCUGGACGAACCCGCUGGGACGCCACUUCGGGUGCCUUCGGGCCUCCGAUAUGGUGCUUGUGAACUUCGAAGGACAAGCUGUCGGAGGGAACAGGAGCAGACCAGCUAACGCGGCUGGAUUCCUGAUUCAUAGCGCUGUCCACAAAGCGAGACCGGACGUCCAUGCGGCGGUUCAUGCGCAUGGCAGAUUCGGAAAGGCUUGGAGUGCGUUUGCGAAGCCACUGGAGAUGCUGAACCAGGAUGUUUGCUAUUUCUAUGGGGAUGCACAAGGCGUGUAUGAAGAGUUUGGCGGAAUCGUGUUCAAUGAGGAAGAAGGAAAGAGGCUGGCGGCUGCAUUGGGACCGAAGGGGAAAGGUCUUGUUCUCAGGAAUCACGGGCUAUUGACCGUUGGGGGGACGGUGGAUGAGGCUGCUUAUCUCUACACGCUCAUGGAGCGCAGCUGCGAGAUACAGCUCAUGGUUGAAGCCGCAGCGGCCAAUGGCCUCAAAAAGAUCCUAGUUGAUGACGAGGCGGCAGAGUACACUUUCCGCAUGGCUAGCGAUCCGGAAGCAUUAUAUUGGGAAAUGCAACCAGAUCUCGAGUUCGAGCACGAGCAGUGCAACGGCGACUACGAGAAAUGAUCCCGGAGCGAAACAACAGAGUCUAUAGUAUUACAUAAUUUGAUUGCUGGCUUCUGACCAUUUGGUCUUGUUGUCAACCAGCUGGCCGACAGUGAUGACUUCGUAUUCAACAACACCAUCUCAUACGCGUUAUAGAAUCACACCAAGCCAACAUGAAGGUAUCGUUUGAUGUGCGAACGUAUGGCUUUAGAUCAAAGAGGAAGCUUUCUAAUUGGC